GGUCUAACAACAGCGGAAAAUCCCAUUGGAUGUCCUAUUGCAUCCCAUUGGAUGUCAACAACGUAGGCGGAGGCAGAGCGGUCGUCGACGUUAUCGGAGAUUAUCUUGUUUUUGUCGCCAUAUCUUUCGCCGUGGUAACACUUCAGUGAAGAAAGAGUCGUGCUGAGUAGUUAAAUGUGAGAUAUAUUGUAAAAUCGAUUAUAAAAUUAUACAAAAAAGCAACUAUAGGCGACAUGGAUGAACGGGCGAGCAGGACAGACAACUGAUAUAUCACGCAAGGCGAUGGGUGCCGAUGGUAGCAAAAACAGCAAGCAUUACACAGGGCCAGAAGAUCAGUCACACACAACCGCAUGGAGGAAAUUUUUCUCCACUGUGGGCAUUUCUCUGCCAGCCGCUCUCUGGCGGGUCAGCCCUCUACAAAUCCAAUCACAUCGAAUGAUUCGUGACAAGGAACCAUCCAUCCCGGAGCACCUGCUCACCUCAAUGCCAGGCCCUGAGAAACUACUUAUGCAAUGUAGUCUGCCUAUCUUUAUCAACAUGUUUCUGCCUGAGUUCCCCCAUCGCAAUGUCCAGGGACAUGAACAUUUUCAGGUCCUGGGUUACAUAGCCAAAGGAUCCUUUGGUCCCAUUUUAAAGGUUAAAGAUACAUCAAAGCAAAAGACGUAUGCAGUCAAGGUUAUUCCAAAAUCUGAGAUUUUGCGCUUGGGAGUGUUGGAACAGUCAAAAGAAGAAGUAAUAGUACAGCGUCAGGUCCGCCACCCUUUCGUACACGACCUGCAGGACUGCUGGCAGACGCAGCGGCACAUCUACAUUAUGUGUGAAUACUGCAGCACAGGAGACUUGUACACAUAUUGGGUGAUGAUUGGUCAGUUUGGAGAGGAUGUGGUGAAAGUCUUUGCAGCUGAAUUAGGUUCUGCAGUAGGCUUCCUUCAUGACUGUGCGAUCAUCCACCGUGAUGUGAAGAUGGAGAACGUCCUCCUUACAGAUCGAGGUCAUCUACGGCUGGCUGAUUUUGGCUUAUCCCGUCGUCUUGAGCGUGGAGGAAGGGCAUUCACUAUAUGUGGAACAAUCCAAUACAUGGCUCCUGAGGUUCUUAGCGGUGGUCCCUAUAACCACGCUGCUGAUUGGUGGUCUCUUGGCAUCCUCCUCUUUGCAUUGGCCACUGGCAAGUUUCCAGUGUCUCCCGAGCCGGACCACUGCAGCAUGCUGAGAAGGGUACGCAGCUUCCCUUAUGAGAUGCCGAAAAACUUCUCUCCUCCUUUUGCUCUCCUACUCACAGAGCUUCUUUGUAAGACACCAGCACGUCGCCUUCGGACCCUGGACCGCUUCAAACGCCAAACCUUUUUUCAUGGCACACCGUUUGAUUCCCAUCUUCUCCAAAAGUCCCCCAUGGAUCUGAUCCUAGAGCUGAAGAACCGUCCUGAUCGCACUGCCAAAGCCCGUCGAGGCCUGACUCUGGAACCCUUCCCCAACUUUGACUGUGAUUUCCUGUUAAACUCACCCUGCACACCCACAACCUCGGACCUGUCCCCAACGCUCGCCAAGAUGGAGCGAGUAGAAGCUCUUAUGCAAAGCCGCGUGCCCCAAGACGAUGACUCUAAAAGAGAGGUGUUUGUUUAAGUACGAGAGUGAAGCCAGUGUGGUUUUAUCCAAAGCGACUUACAGUCCAUUUAAGGUAUUAUUAGUAUAUGUGUUCUCUUUAGCAACUCUCUCAACUUGCAAGUUUUAAUGUAAGUUUAACAUGCAUCAAAGCUUACAUUAAACAUCUGGGUCAGCACAUGGUGCAAGAUGGGAAGGUUAAUAAGUGUUUAUUUUGCCAUGAAAGAGGUACUGGUUGUGUAUUUCAUUUUUAUUGGAUUUAUUUAUUCUUUACAUUUUGUUGAGACAUUUUUAUGAAAUGUGGCUCAUCUCUUUUGACGUUAUUUGACUGUUAUGUCAACGUUAAUAAGCCAACACUACAUUUUCUUUCAACAAAUGCACUGUAAAUGAACAUUCCUCUCAGUUGUAAUGUUUUUAGAGAUAUACAAACCCUCAGGGAAAUAUUUCAAAGCUACAUUUAUCUUUACCUAACUACAAAACCUCAAACCAUUUAUAAAAGCCUGGUUAGUGGUCAUAAGUGAAGUAGUAAUAUCUAAAAGUGAAAACUUAAGGUUUAUUAUAUCAUUUUAUGCAUGUUACUGUGCACUUUCACAUUUAUAUUUUGCAUAAUGCUCUUUAUUUUCUUGAGUUAUGACAGUUAUGAAAAAAAAACAUUUCUGAGAGACGCAUCAAAGGCAUUUAGAAAAAUAUUUUUUUCUAUCUUGAUCUGUUAUCUUUAUUAAAGGAAGUGUGCAUAUAUAUUUAUAAUUUUUCUAAUCACUAUUAUUUUAGCCACAGUUGGAUUGAUGCCCAUCUCUGCAUAAUAAUACUUCCAUUAUGAUCCUUUAUUAAUUGUUUAAAAAAUGUUUGUGUAUUUUGUAUUUUUGUUAGCAAAUUUAGCCUGUAAAAAUUAUAUUAAUUAAAU